AUGAACAAUUCCGCAAAGCUCCAACAACGGUGCGUGGCUUCCCUUAGAACCCUAACACCCCACAUUACCUGUCUCGCGGUCCACCGUAACCUCCUCUACGCCGCCUCCCUAAACCUCAUCAACGUCUUCGACCUCUCCCAUUACUCCCACAUCGACGCCUUCAACCAAAGCCCUGCCUCAGGCUUUGUCAAGUCCAUCGCCUUCACCAACUCAAGGGUUUUCACCGCUCACCAAGACCGCAAGAUACGCGUCUGGCUCAUCACUCCCUCUAAACGACAUCGUCUCCUCUCCUCCCUCCCCACCGUUACCGACCGUCUCCGCCGUUGCAUCGUUCCCCGAAACUACGUCAGCGUGCGCCGCCACAAGUCCAGGCUCUGGAUCCAGCAUUGCGACACUGUCUCCGGUUUAGCCGUGAACCAGAGGCUCAUGUAUUCGGCUUCGUGGGAUAAGAGCUUUAAGGUCUGGGACUUGUUCAGUUUCCGGUGUUUGGAGUCCGUCAAAGCGCAUGAGGACGCGAUCAACGCUCUGGUUGUUAACCGAGAUGGUAUCGUAUACACCGCGUCCGCGGAUGGGAGCAUCAAGGUUUGGAGAAGAGACUGCGAGGGGAAACGGCACGUGUUGGUGAGCACCAUUGGAAGGCAGAAGUCGACGGUGAAUGCACUUGCGUUGGACGGAGGGGGCGCGGGGUUGUUUUCCGGCGGUUGCGACGGCGAGAUAUGCCGGUGGGAGUGGGGGUGCGAGGAAAACGGCGCGGUGAAGAUGGAGACGUUAAGGGGUCACAGUGGAGCCAUACUAUGUCUUAUCCACGUGGCGGGUUUGUUGGCGAGUGCGUCCGCUGAUCUAACGGUUAGGAUCUGGCAACGGGAGAGAGGGAGGAGUGGGUAUAGUUGCAGGGCGGUGUUGGAAGGGCACGAGAAACCGGUGAAGUCGUUGGUGGCCUUUCCGGGAGGUGACGAUGACUCAAACGGCGUCGUUAGGCUAUUUAGUGGAAGCCUAGACGGGGAGAUUAAGUUUUCUCUCGUGUCAUUUUAUUUCCCUCCAAAUCCAAAGGCGUGUUUGGUGAAGGCUGUGGCGGUGAUCGGAAUAGCACAGAAGGAUCUCAUUCAUUCCAUUUUGAAGCGCUUUUGGACACUGCGAGCCCUUGAGCGGGAAAACGUUGAACCUAACGACGCUCCGGAUUCCGAGGUAGGAGUUGGAACAUCCAAGAAGAGUCGCACAACUUCUGCUAAUGGCAAUACUCUGAAGCUUACCUGUGAACUUCUCCGGCUUUUUAUCACAGAGGCUGUUCAACGUGCUGCUGCUGUUGCAGAAGCGGAGGGUGCUAGUGAAAUAGAGCCAACUCAUCUUGAGAUUAUUCUUCCUCAGUUGCUAUUGGAUUUCUAAUUCAUUUAAAAUACUUAUAUGUAAUUUCUACUUCCCCGCAUCAUCAAUUUAGUAGAAAGGACAUUCCGAAGAUGUCAUAUACAACUAAUUCUUUCCAUGGACAUUUAAAGGGAUGAAAACUGACUAUUGAAGUUGUUCCUUCA